AUGCCGCUGAUAAACGAAUCCUACGACUCGCUCCCUUACGUUGAUACCCAGGUCGACGAAGCUGGCCUGGCGGCCGCGCGCGCAGCCAUCGAUGCGGAUAUCAGAAGCGCCGGCGUAGACACCUCGGACCUGCACCCCGCACUCAUUCCGGCCGCAACGUACACACCGCGGUUCUCGGACUUUAUUGAGCGCGAGCAUGCGCGCCUGGACGGGAACCCGGCAUCGAAGCUCUCUGGCAUCGACCUGAAGCGCUACGAGGACCUUGAUGCGCCGGAGAACACAAAUCCUACCAGCGACGAGGAUAGGCCAGAGUUACUGGAGAAGUGGGACAAGGCGUUGAAGCAGGCACACACAAGUUCAGAAUAUGUGCAAGGGCGGCUGACACAACUGGGACUGCUGGAGAAGUUUGGAAAGAAUGCUUGGCUGGUCGGCAACUCACAGCUUGAGGACAUCCUGAAGGGCAUUGAGACAGAGUUGGCGGAUGUGGGGAAGCAGCACGAAGAGGUGGAGACGCUGAGGAGGUCGCAGCAAGAGAGCGUGCAUGGCGAGAUCAAGACGCUGGAAGAGACAUGGAAGAAGGGGGUGGGCCGCGUGCUGGAGACUGAGGUGGCCGCCGAAGGACUGAAGCAACAAAUCCUGGAGCGACGAAGAGCCGGUGCAGUGUAA